AUGGCGAAUAUCCUAUCGAUCCCAUUGGAAGUCCUCUUCCUCAUAGUGGGGCAUCUCCCAGCUGACGAUAUCAAGUCGUUGAGGCUAGCCUGCCGCGAGCUCAACGGAAAAGCCGCAGGAGCCUAUGAAGAAGCUCUCUUCAAAUGCCGGACUUAUUUUGCUACCAUACCAGACCUCGAAGCACUACUUGAAUUGACCCGACAUCCAAGCGGCGCUAACCUCCGCCUUAAGCAUCUCAAAAUCAAUGUUGCAUCUCCUUACGUUCAUAUUAAGCCUAAUCUGUUACUGAACUCUCUGGGAGAUGACGAUGAGGAGGAAGAGCUCAGGCCACCCAAGCUCUUCAAUAGGACUUGUUUCGCCUUUGACUGCCACAAUUUCGAAGGUCUCAAACAAAGCGAGGACCAAGCUUUGAUCUUUGCUGCCCUCCAAAAUCUACCAAAUCUCGAGGUGAUUGAAUUCAUCGACCAGCGGGGCAUCCCGUCCGAGAAGGCUCUGGCGAAGCAUUACCCUCUUUCAGCAUCGCCAGAAUACAAAGAGCAGUUCCUUGCUUUCUACAAGGACCACAAUGCCCGACAAAGACGAGAUAGAAUGACAACCUUGCUCUUUUAUGUCAUGGCAGCCUUAAAACAUGCUCCUUGUCGGAUCAAAGAGCUCCUCGUUGAUGGCCCGCAGCAGAGGUAUAUGUACACGUCUCUCGGUUGGUUUGAUAGCCAUAGGAGGCAUAUCAGCCGCCUCGCUAAGUCCCUCGAGAAACUACGAGUACUUGAGCUGAAUUUGUGCUACCCUUGGCCUCCGGAGGAUCAUCGAGACUUUGACGACUUCGGGCCCAUCAAACUUACUGAGGGAGAGCUUCAGUGCCUUCCCGACUUUUUAACGAACACUGUUCCUAAUAUCGAAAAGCUCAGGCUCAAUUUUGCCGAGAUUUUGCCGGAACUAAACACGAAUAAUCUCCAUGUUUGGAUGCGCCCGGAAGGAAGGAGAUACGAACCGACCUUUUUCUUGAAGAAGAUGGAAAUCAAUUUGCCUCGAAUCAAAAGGUUCGAGUUUCUGGGUAUCCCUUUUGUUCCGGACGAGCUCAUUGAAGUUCUUCUGCGCCCUCAUAAAUCCACUCUUCGGCAUUUGACGUUCGAAGACUGUGUUCUCCAAGAAACCCCUCAGUGCUGGUCGACAAUAUUUUCGCUCCUUAAAGAGGAGUUAACAUUGGAGACGUUCUCGUUCCAUACUAAAACUGUCCAUAGAAGGAUAUCUCUUGUCGGAAAGAUGCCACACAUAUUCAAAGUUCAAGGCAACAUUCGUGACAGCAAACACAAAUGUGAAGUGCAACCUUCAGGGAAGAAACCCCUUAUCUCUACCACCUACUGGGAUGCUCUGGAUAUGAUCAUAGACUUUGAGGCAAAGCUACUCGAUCCUAAUGCUGCUACUACCGACCCACACCAUAGGAGUCAAAGCGACUAUCCUUUUCUCGGCGACGAUUCUAGCAGCUCUGACGGCCCUUCAGAACAUGGUGACUGGCCAAAUAAUGUCUGGGAUGACCUUGAUGACGAUUUCGAUGAUGCGGAUGAUGAUGGAAUGGGUCACAUAGGUCACAUAGGUCACAUCGGUCACAUCGGCCACAUCGGUCACAUCGGCAUUAGUUCCAUUGCGGGACCUCUCCCGCUACCACUCCCGCCACUCCCUGGAGGGUUAAACGGAAUACUUCCUUCGUUCCCAAUGCCAGGGGCCCUACCUCGAACAUUCCAGAACAAUCCACUACCAAGAUUCCAGUUUGCGCAUACCGAUCCAACGGGCCACUUUGUAAUGCCUGGUACCGUCCCGCCUACUACCUUCCCUCCCGGAUCGGUCGUCGUACAAGACUUUAUUGUUCCCGGGACCAUGCUUGAUACUGCGGCUAUGGAGGGGCAACCAGCAACCGUACAAAAUAUAAUUAGACAUCUCUUACCGAACGCACUGGAUGUGGGCGUCAAUCCACCGCCUGGUGCCACUGUUGGAACGUCGAACCCUGCCACAUCAGCCGCUGGGGCUACUGCCUUUGGAUCAUCGACUGCCGCGGCUACUACCGCUGGACCAUCAACUGCUGGACCUUCCACUGCUGGACCUUCCACUGCUGGACCUUCCACUGCCGGCCCUCCUACUGCUGGACCAUCAGUUACAGGGCACAAUAUUCUACCAGCUCCAAUGGGCUUUCAAACUGCCGCCCAGCUAUUCGGACUCCCUAGUAAUAUCGAAGAAGGACCUGACGAUGGCAGACCCUCCUGCCAACAACAAUAA